AUGGCUACAGUCGAAGUCCUGAAGCCAAGCACAGCGUACGACCCUGCGCAGGUCAACGCACACCGAGAAUACCACAAAGCCCAGACGCCCUACUUCUUCCCUGCAGGAACAGACGAAGCAGAAUGGGACCGGCUCAACGCCCAGCACUAUGGUAUCAAAGCGUACUUCAAGGGGAAUAGGCAUGGUGCCCGCUGGCCGAAGACGCCGAGGCGGAUCCUCGAGCUAGGCGUGGGAACAGGAGCGUGGGCGACCGAGGUUGCCGCUGAGUUCCCCAAGGCGCAGGUCGUGGGUGUUGAUGUUGUCCAGCCGCGUUUGGGGAAAACCCCUCAAAAUUUUACAUUUGUCUCCAUGAACGUCCUUGAUGAUGUCUGGCCCUUCGAGCCGGGGUCAUUUGACGUCGUCAACUGCCGAUUCCUCUUGAUGCACAUGCCAAACUUCGAGCGUGUGCUUAACAAAGCCAUCGACGUGACCGCGCCAGGGGGGAUCCUGAUGCUCGCCGAUCCUGCAUCUCGUUUCCAGGCCGAAGGCAGGCCUGUUCCGCCAGAGGCAUCAAAGUUGUACGACGUCUACUGGGGUUACUGCAAGACCCAAGGAAUCGUUCCUGGCACAGGACCGUUGUUCGCCCCCCUGCUCGCGGCAAGCAAGAAAUUCAGCGAGGUGCACGAGCUCGUCCUCCCGGCUUGUAUGGGCCCUUGGCCAAAGAACGAACGGCUCCACCCGUUUGGAGAAGGCAUGCGCAAGGGGAUCAUCGAUGGUGCCAGGUCGCUAAAUUCGAAGGUAUUCGAGUUUGGCCUGACGGGGGAGAUCGUGGAGGGCAUGGUGAGGCAGGUGCUGGAUCCGGAGAAUAGGCUGUAUGUUGAUGAGUACUUUGUCUGGGCGAGGAAGAAGCAAGAGGGCUUGUAA